AUGAAGCUGCUGACCCAAGCUGAAGAAGAUGCGCAUUAUCAAGCCGUCCUAAAAAAUGGCGCGACUUGGGGAACGACCGGCCUGGCCGCUGGGAUGGCUGGAGCUAUCGCUAUGAACCGGUAUUGGGCUGGCUUCAGGGGUUUAACACUACCUCUGAAAGCUUUCGCAGUGACCUCCGUCGCGACCUUUGCGUUGAUUGUUGGCGCUGACCGUGGCUCGCGAGCCUACGACCAGCAAAUAAUUGAGAAAAUGGGAAUAGGUUGGGGCGAUGAAAGUCUGGAACGCAAAUUGGGUCUUACCGACAGACUGCAAGAGCAGAAGAGCCGUUCCAGCGAAAACAUGAGUAAAAAAGCCAAAUGGCUUGAACAUUUUAAAGAUCAUCAAUAUCAUUAUGUAUUAGGCAGUUGGGCCGCAUCCAUGGUCGGCUCUUUCGGGUUCAUUGCAACUCAACCAAUGCCGUUCACUCAAAAGCUUGUUCAGGCGCGGAUGUAUGCCCAAGGCCUAACAGUCGCCGUGGUCAUGGCUUCUGCUGCCUUAGCUAGUGCUUCGACGGGUGAUGCAGGGCUUGAAGAUGAAAUUCAAGGCAGAAAAGAAAGUUUGAUGUACAAAUUCAAACGAGGGUCUCCUCAUGAAUUAUCAGAACGUCGACUACGUGAACAGCACCGGCGAGAGUAUGUUGAGGGUGAAUCUGAUGAGUGA